AACAGCGUUUCAUUCCUGAGAAGAACAAACUGACGCGCACCCUGUCUGCGGACAAUCUUAACAUGGACGUCAACAUGUCGAGAAACUUUACGUUAGGCUAUAUAAAUAGUUAAGUUUGCGUCGUCUACGUUUUUUUUUUCUAAUUAGACGAGUGGGUACUUUUUUUUUCUUGACCGGUACCAGCAGUGAGACGUUGGAGGGUCGUAAACUCACAUUGCACAACUUCAUGAGUUUCAUUCUUCGCGCUCUGAAGAUGCGCUGCGAGCUGAGAGGAAGGAUGGCGAUGACCCUGAGAAAGACAGUUAAUCUCAUCACAGGACUGGUCAUUGUUUUCCAGUUUCAACUAAGCUUCAUGAAGCUGAAAUCCGUUUAUGGAAUCUACCGUACUGACACACAGGGGCUGUCUCCUCCAGAGGGAAGGUCGUAUGUAGUCGCAGGGAACAACAAGUCCAGGGAGAGGAGGUGGGCAUCCAGGCCCAGGUCAGGGGCCCCUGGCUGGGCUGCAGAUAAGAGGGGCCACUACAGAGACCAGCAACUGGAAGAGUCAGAUCCAGACCUGCUGAUGAAGGAGGGACAGGACAAUUCUACACAGAUUGUGGACGUUGAUCAUACCUACUAUACAUCUAAAAUCUACGGUCCUGGAGACGCAGCCAAUAAAGAGCUGUGGGUGAACCUCGAUGAGAUAGAAGAGGACGAGUGGAAGGUCUGUGGCUUCCUGUCCAGCACCCACAGACAAGCUGAGAGAGUGAAUCUUUCCUUCGACUUCCCUUUCUACGGUCAUAUACUAAAAGAAAUCACAGUGGCAACUGGAGGUUUCAUUUACACUGGAGAUAUAAUCCACCGAAUGCUCACAGCCACUCAGUACAUCGCCCCUCUAAUGGCAAAUUUUGACCCAAGUCUGUCCAAAAACUCUACUGUGUUUUACUUUGAUAAUGGCACUGCAUUGGUGGUUCAGUGGAACCGGAUCCAUCUCCAGGACAACAUCAGUCUAGGAACUUUCACCUUCCAGGCCAUUCUGCACAGCGAUGGACGCAUCGUCUUUGUGUACAAAGAGAUUCCUAUAGACAUCAACGACAUCAGCACUGAGAAUCAUCCUGUCAAAGUAGGCCUGUCGGAUGCUUUUGUGGUGCUUCAUGAGAUAGAGCAGAUCCCCAACGUUCGGAGGAGAACCAUUUAUGAGUAUCACAAAGUCGACAUCUUUAAGUCCAGAAUAUCCAAUUCUACAGCUGUGGAGAUGCUACCUCUCCCUACAUGUCUCCAGUUCUCCAGCUGCGGUCCAUGUGUCACUUCUCAGAUUGGCUUUAACUGCAGCUGGUGCAGUCGGCUACAAAGAUGCUCCAGUGGUUUUGAUCGUAACCGACAGGACUGGGUUGACCUUGGCUGUCCAGAGGAGAGAAGAGAUCCGCGGUGUCUCCAAAUGACAGACGUCACAAACACUUCAUCUGGCCUCCUCACACAUACGACCACUCCUGUUACAACGACCACGAUGCAGCAGAGGACCUCCAUCAUGACCUCCAGCCCCCUCAGCAAGACGUCCACUGUCACCAACCCCUCAGCACACAGCAGCACAAGCAGAAGAAUAAUAUCCACUCCACAGCCUCCUACCAGCAAACCUGCUGAAGAUGACACAAAGAUGUCUUUGCACAUCAAUGAAGCACCAGGAGACGAGGAGACUACAGGAGAGAGUGAUGAGCGGCUGCAGAUUGGUUUACUGGCGGGCAUCGUCAUAGUGAUGGUCAUCAUGGCAGCAGCCAUCCUUAUGUCUGUCUACAUGUACAACCACCCCACCUCCAACGCUAGCCUCUUCUUCAUGGAGCGGCGGCCGUCCCGCUGGCCAAUCAUGAAGUUCAGGCGGGGCUCCAGUCGCCCUUCUUACGCCGAGGUGGAGGCUCCUGGUCAGGACAAAGACAGCAUGGUCGUCAUCGACCCCAAACAGUCCUUUGUCAUGUCAGACAGAAGAGAGAGUGAACAGAAAGAAGGAUUCAUAGUUCCCGAUCAGAGGGAGCGCUUCCUAGUCUCAGAGAGCUCCUGACCAAAACUACGUAUCCCAGAAGGCUUUGGAACAGAGCUGGUUCUCUAUGUGAGGAAACAUUCCUUCCAUCUCAUUCAGGUGUUGCUCAAGUUUAUUUUAAGGACAGAAUUUGAGCAUUCAGAGAGGCAUACGCCAAACCUCUGAGGAAACUAACUACAGAAUAUUUUAUGCAGCAGUUUGGCUUCAUGUUUGCGUUAGCUUGGUGAGGCAUAGGACUGUUUCAAUUCAUAAUGAAAACUCGUUUUUACUUUGCUCAGGUCACUCGUUCAUGUUUACUGCAGCAUCACAAAGAGCGAGAGGUGACGCUGCUGAAUGUUUGUUUUGAGACCAUUUCUCUCAAAGAUGGCUGUUAUGUGUCGUUCCCACACCUUCUUCACAAGGAGGAAUGUCAUAUUCGGGUGUCAUUUCCUCAUCUCAAAAAAUACAGACUGAAUUCCUCACCCUUACACCCACCUUCAUCUGAGGGGCAAACAGGGUGCACAGUGUUUUCACUGCUGUUUAUCUCAGAGCAAAACAUAUUUUUACAGUGAAGCAAAAUGCAACUUUUUGAAUUUUUAUUUUAUUUUCUGAACUUCAUAAUAAAGGCAGAAAACAUAUGUACACUACAA